GGUAAGGAGGAUAGUGGAAGAAAGAAGGUGGAUGGUUGGUUUCCCUCUCUGAUCUGGAAGGAAUGAUGACCGAGGAAGGAUGUGCACCAGCGGCCAGAUUAUUGGGAGCCUCUUGGUGCUCUCUGUGCUGGAGAUAGGGCUGGGGGUGUCCAGCGUGGCCGUGGGGGCGGUCAGCUUCAGCCUGGCCCUCCGAGAGCACAAGCCGCAGCUCGGAGACUCGUCCCCGUUUCUUCUUUGUGGCAUAUGUGGAAUAUUGUGCGCCAAAAAAAAAUCUGGACUUGUCAUGAUCCUUUUUUCUGCCUGCUGCAUCUGUGGACUCAUUGGGGGCAUCCUGAACUUUCAGUUCCUGCGGGCAGUGACAAAGAAGACCUCUUCCCUCUAUCCUCUGCAUCUCGCCUCCAUGUCUCUCGCGUGCAUUGGGAUUGGUGGCUGCACCCUGUCUUCCUGGCUCACGUGUCGACUAGCCAGCUACGAGCAGAGGAGGAUGUUCUCUGAAAGGGAGCAUUCGCUGCACCACUCUCAUGAAAUGGCCGAGAAAAGAUUGAGGGCUAUUGAAAUAACCGACUUGCCCAGCUGCCCGGUGGUGCCCCCGACACCAGAGUUACCUACAAGGAAAUGACAGACAACAUGAGCAAUGGAGGACCACAACUGAUAUUUAAUGGAAGAGUAUAAUCAAUGUUUUAAAGAACUGAACAUUUUUUAGGAUUUUCAUGAGGAAAGGAAAUACCAAAGGACUAGGAGAUAAAAUUAAAACAGUUCUUGCAUUUGCUGUUAUCUCUCUUGAGCACCCACUGUAAUUAUUCUCCCACAGUUUUGCCUCAUUUAUUUCUUCAGCUUUUUUAUUGGGUGAAGCCUUCAGUAAUGCAGUAAUUUUAGCAGAAUUUCCAGAUUGUUGUAAAGACUUUUCAGGAAAAAAAAAAAAAAAGAGGAAUAAGCAGAUUCAUAUUCUACAAAACCACUAUUUGACUAGCAUGAGUGUUAGAUUUGUAAUGAUAUAUUUCAUAUAAAUAAUCAAAAGUACAAAUAUCAAGAAGUAACAAUAACCUACUGAUGUCUUUGUUUUGAAAGACAAUGGCUUCAAAAAUACCACAAUUCAAAACCUCAGCAAUGCCUUGUUGUAAAAACAUUAUAAUUAUUU